UGUCAAAAUUGUCAAGUUUUAUUAGGUAGAUGGUAGGGUGACGAGCAGUGUGACUCAUUUUUAAUUUUAUAUUGUCAAAUAUUUAGGUGUUUUGCUGGUUAUUAUUAUUAUAUUAUUUAAAAAUGGAGUGGUUAUUUGGAAAAAAAGUAACCCCCGAAGAAAUGCUUCGUAAAAACCAACGAGCAUUAAAUAAAGCCAUGAGAGAUUUAGAUAGAGAAAAGCAAAAGAUGGAACAGCAGGAGAAAAAAGUAAUAAACGAUAUUAAAAAAUUAGCCAAGGAAGGUCAAAUGGACGCUGUCAAAAUAAUGGCUAAAGAUCUGGUCAGAACUAGAAGGUAUGUGAAGAAAUUCAUGUUGAUGAAGGCUAACAUUCAAGCAGUAUCAUUGAAAAUUCAGACUCUUAGAUCCCAAAAUACAAUGGCACAAGCUAUGAAAGGUGUCACUAAAGCUAUGCAAAGUAUGAAUAGGCAGCUAAAUUUACCACAGAUACAAAGGAUAUUACAAGAAUUUGAAAAGCAGUCUGAAAUUAUGGAUAUGAAGGAAGAAGUUAUGAAUGAUGCCAUUGAUGAUGCGAUGGAAGGAGAUGAUGAUGAGGAGGAAACUGACGCAGUUGUCAAUCAAGUUUUAGAUGAAUUGGGUCUUCAAUUGAAUGAUACUCUUUCUGGACUGCCUCAAACCGCUGGAUCUCUUCCUGCCUCUGGGCAAAAACAUCCUGCAGCUGCAGCUGCUGUUGCAGGAGGAGGUAAUGGUGGCACUGGUACUGGAGGCAGUGGUGGAAACAGUGGCGGCGGAGGUGGCCUUUCUGAUGCCGAUGCGGAUUUGCAAGCUCGACUAGAUAAUUUACGCAGAGAGUAGAUAUUAAGUAAGAUAAAAGGGCAAUUAAAAAAUAAGGAACUUUGUAUACACAUUAUAUUUUAAAAUCGACAAAAACUUGAUCUUUUACAAAGUUAAUUCUUGUAGCUUAUUUUUUCCACUUACUAACGGUGUAAUUAUCUGUGAUUUUCUUAAAAUAUAACAAUUCUCAAAUAUAACAAUCUUCUGUAAUAAUUUUUUUUAUCAAUUUAACAAAUUAAUUAAUGCGAAUAUAUUUCUGUAUAUACAUAAUUAAAUAUUAUCAUAUAAAAAAGUAUUUAAAAUAAAAGUAUUUUAUGUAUUUACUUUUAUGUUUAAUAAAAUUCAUAUUAAUAAAAAUAUAUAUAUAUUUUUUAUUUUGACCCAUCCUAUAAAUAGAUAAUUGGGCGUUAGUAUUAUCAUAAUUGCAAGUAUUUAUGAAUGAGUUAACAACAGUUCUAGGAAUUUAAAUUCUUAGUUGCGUCUAAUAAAAAUAAGUUGUUUUAUGAUAUUGUAUAAAACAAAUUUUUGCCCAGUGUUAUAGUACAUUUUCCACAGUAUGUUACUGGUUUGACUUUUUUCCUGGACAUCGUGCCUACUCUUCACGUUUCUCCAUGAAGUGUUCUUUCCCAUCGAAUUUUAUGUCUUUAAUACUCUAGAUGCUGAUGUUCUCUAUCUUCCUAUGGUUCUUCUUGUACUAAGAGUCAAGUUAAGGUAGGAAACUGCUACUGACUUAUUUACUAGUUUUUGGAGAAGUCAUAAAUUCACUAAUGCCAUACCAUUCUUCUCAAAGCUCUAUUUUCAUCUUUUUUUCUGGUGUAUAUGUUAUUUCCUGUUCCCGUAACUACGUAUACAUCGGCAAAACUAUCCGAUUCAUCAAAACCCAAUUCCAAAAAUAUCAAAGAUACUUUAAAUCUUCGUCUAAAGUUUCGUCCUUAUUCCUUUUCUGCAAUGGUAGAACACUGCCAAGAUAAAGUACAUUCCAUGUUUUAAAAAAAAAAUUUUUUCCAAAAAUCUCUCCUUCUAUUACCGAAAAAUUAGUGAAACGGAAGAAAUCUGGAACCAACACUGCAGUGCCUUUCAGAACAAAUCAAUAGACGCGACGGCGGAAACAGCGAUCGACGCCAUCCGAAGGGACAUCACAAUGGUGGAGAAACCUGGUGGAAAAGUGUAUAAGGACCGUUGCAUAAUGUUUUAGACCUAGAAUCUAUAUAAAACUAUGUAAUGAAACCAUAUACCAGUUAAAAAAAAACAGUUGAAAACAAAAAAGAAACCGGACGACGAAUAGUUUAGUAUUCAGUAGGUUGAAAUAUUUCAAGAAAAGUGAGACACGUGUAUCUAAGUUCUCGCUCUGACUUUGGACACUGAUCUUGCGAUAUCAAAAAACAAACAAUAUGUAAACAAAAAGUUUAAUAUUUAAUAAGUAUUAAUUUUAAAAAAUCCCACACUGAACAUUCAUAUAUUGAAGUUUCCUUAUUUUUUAUUGCAAAAAUAAAUACACUGCUUAAUAAAACUGUAAUAUAGGAAUAAAAUAAAUGUAAUGUAAUAUAUACCUGCUAACUUGUUAAGUAGUUUAGAUGCUACAAUUUUUUAAAGAAUUUAUAUAUUUUUGAAAUUUUGUUACCUUGUCACAGACGGAUGCAAAUUAAAUGUCUUUCGUUUUA